GACGGUGCGAGGCAGGCAGCACCAGUGGUCGCUGUGCCCUCGACGCGGGAGGACAGCUCACAGUGACCUCCCGCCGCCUCCACACUUUCCGUAGCUUCAGCAAAGGUCCCCUGCUUGUUGUCACAACGAGAAAGAAUAACGCACGCCAGCCAAGACCUUCGUGGGCGUGAUCCGGACAGUGACAAGCGUGUCACAGGGGUCGUGAGCCUCGUCACGCACACAUCCUCGGCGGGUCCAGUGACGAAAUAAUCAUGAGUCUGACACCUCGAGGCCAGAACAACCAGAACUGACACAUCUGUAUGACAUUGAAGGCUGUGGCUGACGUCCCUUCCGGUGCCAUACAAAUUCUCGCCGCAAGUGUCAGCGCAUGAGGUGGAGGGAGGAGGGGAGGGCCGAGAGGAGUGGCAGUCUUCCGUUCCUUCCCAUCAACACCUCCUAAGGAAGUAACAUGUUGCUUGAGUGGACUGGCACAGACUCUUAACAUUUUCAUUCUUUUCAACGACUUAUUAGAGUGGAUGGUAACGCACCUCUGACUCUUGAUUCUGUGCCAAUAGUUCGAGUGUGCGGACAUCGUGUUGAGUGACGAAGUGAGUGGUUUGGCUGACACGCCCCGUGCAGUGCUGUACUAGUGUGGUGGGGAGGAGCCGUGCCUGUCAACAUCACGCAGCCUCAACUCUCACCCUCUCUUGUUGAAAUUUAGAACUUUUUGAGUGUGGUUCUCCUCACUCUUGUGUGGUAUAAUCAUAGUGAGUGACGAAACUCUGAUGGGACUGGUGAGUGGGUAACGUGAAAGGAACUAAGUUAAUGAUUAAGAUACAGCAAUAACUUUCAUCGCCAUCUUCUACAGAAACAACAGCUCGGCCUUCGUGGAAUAAAGUUAUUAAAGAGGGAUGACGUAUCGGUGAGGGCGUUUUGAUGUUGAGAAACUGGCAGCGAGGUCGUAAUCAAGAGAAACUUCAUGAAACUAUCAGUGUGCUUAUCACCUUGAGUAAACGACGAAUAAUUUCGUAGAAUCUCUGCCCAGCGGUCAGCGAGGUGGUGGCUGUUGUGGUGAUUGUGGUGGUGGUGGUGCUGAUUGUGGUGUUACAGUGGUCAGUCCUUCGCAAAAGAAAACUAGAUUCAGCGUGCUCGGCCGGGUUGUCUCCUAAAUUAAUUGGCGGUCAGUUGGGAGAAAACUACACACGCUAAUGUCGAUUUGGACAGGAGUAAAAAUGGCAACAAAUUAGUGGUGUCAAGAGAGAGGCGAGCCUCCGCAUCAUGACGGGGCGCGAACGUUCUGCUGCCGAGCAGAGGCUGUGUAGCAAUUCUUUAUGUGACGGUGAAAAGUGAUACGCGGAGUAAUUAUCGCUCCUGUGGUCCGCUGCUCCUCCGUCAGUGCCAGUGUGGGUGAGGAACUUGAAGCCCCAGCCUUCAGGUGGGCCCGCGCGCCCAAGCCAAAUGCGAGACUGGUUAUCUGCCACAGCAGGACUCGUGUUUAAUGUGGUCUCCAAAGUGGUGUUUUGUAGAUUGAAACAAGUUUGAGUGAAGGUAUAAGGCUGCUUGCUCUCUCUUGUGUUUGGUAAACUCAACGGUACUCAAGAUAGUGAUCUCUAGUGUCCACGGUGGUGCGUCGGUGAACAAGACAGUAGUCGUGAAAUAUGAUCGACAAGAUGGAAUCAGGGAAGACGGACCAGACUGAGGAGGUAUCGUCGUGUACCGACAGUAAUAACAAUAACAACGACGGUAACUGUGUGGAGCAGCGCCGGCCCACUCGGUUGGCAGAGAAGUAUGGGCUGAGGCCCCGGACUAUCAUCAGACGGCUGCAGCUGGAGAGAACCAGAGAGGACAUCCCACAGCGGCAGUUCAAGACUUCUAAGAAUCGUCCCCCUCCACUGUCCAAGUAUAGAAGAAAGACAGCCAACGCGCGCGAGAGGCACCGCAUGAAAGAAAUUAACGACGCCUUCGAAACCCUUCGCCGUGUGCUGCCAGACUUCUGCAGUCGGCGCGCGGCAGCAGCCAUGACCAAGAUCACGACCCUCAAGCUGGCCGUCAGUUACAUUAGGGCGCUGUCACACAUCCUGGAAGACGGGCACCCCGGGGACAUAACGUUCUUUGACGGCUUGAACUUGGCAGAAAUAGCAAUGAGCAGCUCCCCGGCUCCUCCGGACGGCCACGCCCGCCCCGUCCACUACGCCGCCCACGUCGGCCACAACGCCAAUGGGGCACCGGAGUUUGCUUCACCCGCAGCAUCGGUCGCAGCGUCCCCCACGCUGCCUCGCACCUCCCUGAGCAGCGGCAGCGACCUGAGUGACCUGCUCUCUGACGACUCCUGCGUCUUCGAGGACAACCUUGACGCGUUUGAUGACAUCCCCGCCCUGGCCGAGGCCGACCCCUUCGCCCUCCUCAUGACGCCAGACACAGAGGCCAUGGCGCUCACUUCCUAGCGGAGAGACUUACUAGACAAGAGAUGCUGCACCGGCAGCACUCAGACUGUUGACCUGAAAAUAUACUGUCAGGGCUAAUUAAAUACCCGUAAUGACAGUGGAACACCACACUUUAUUGAUUUGGGUAUAAAAAGAAGUAUGGUGACGUGGCAGUUUGUGGGUAUUUAUGUAACUCAUCAGAUCUGAUCGUUUUGAAACACGUUUAAACGUUUAAUAUCUCUGACAAUGAAAAGCUGAAAUAUAAUUUGCGUAUUGAUUCAUUAACAUUACAGCUCCUUCCUUCCCCACACCUUUCCUUACAUCCGCCCUGUCCCUCUUUCUCUGACCCCGAGGUACUUUCCUUAACGUAAUAUGCUGUCUCACCCAUGAAGGGUUUGCUGUCCAGCGCAGGAACUAAAACCCAUUUAGAAAGUAUAUUUUAGAAAUAAUGGUUGUGUCCUCGAAUCGAGGCAAUACUAUCCUUCAUUAAGCGAUCUCGUUUUGUUUUCUUUCUCGGAGAUGAUUCUAGUCUAGGCAACAGAAACAAAGUCGACACUUUUCUUGGGUCGAGCAUAAAGAACACUGUAUUCAACCUUCGCUACUAAAACAAAAGAUAACACACUAUCAGGUGAUUGUGUAAAUUGUAUAUUAGAUAUACGUUUCGUCAGGACCGGCGCUGAACUUGCAAUAUCAGAAUAAGCGGAAAAAUGUUAUUCAACUGUACAUAAUUACCCCGAGAUAUGCAAGAGUCAGUUACGAUAACUUCAUUAAGAUGUAAAUCCAGGUUGUAGGUCACUAAAAGCUAAAUUAGUGAGAGAAAUGCUUUUUUGACCCAUUAUUUUAGACUGCAGAUAAUGAUAUGCAGUUUCUAUCUGUACGUACUCAAUAUUCGGGUCCUCACGGCCGUCAAGGCAUGCACGUGUCUGUGUACGCGGCCAAACCUGUGCUUAGGUGGCCAGUCGGCGUGAGCGUCUCAAUUAUCGUGUGCGUCGCGCCGUGUCCCCGUGAUCGCAUGUGGUUGUGCCAUAAGUACAAAAAAAGUACGCGAGAAGUGAGUUUUUGUGCACCGUAAAUGUAGGUGUGCUAGCGAUCCUGCCGCCCAGCCUCGCCCUCUCAGGCCCUCCUGCCCCAUCCCACCCGCGCCCCGCCCCGCUCCAUCUCUCCUCGCCCCUCCCGCCUUUACACCGCCCUACCUUAUUGCAAUUAGCCCCGCCACCCCCUCCCUCCUCUCACCGCCAUACCCACCCACUCAAACCUGUCCUCACCGCUGCCGGGAUGGUGAGGGAGAGAAGGGAACACGUCAGGUCAGGAUCACGGUACCCUUCCUCUGCCCUCCGAAGCAAACUCCCUCCACCCCUUUUCUUUUCCGAUUCUCCCGUAGACUUCAGCGGUUCCUUUCCCAUUCCAGUCCCUUAUUACCUCUUCCAAUGUUUCUUUUAUACAAACUCAAGCCUUUCCCUAUCCAUUUCUAUCCAUUCUUACCUAUUUCAAUGCUUCCUUACAGACUCAUUCCCUCCUUUACCCAUUCCAGUCCCCUCUUAUUUAUUCCAAUGCCUCCUUAGAGACUUAUUCAUCUCCUUACCCAUCCCAGUCCUUCCUCACUGACUCCAGCCCUCCCUUACCUAUACCCGUCUCUUCACACCCAUUUCAAUCCAUCCAUACUUACUCCUGUUCUCUUGCCUUCUUCAGUUUCUUUGCCCAUUUCACUCCUUACCCAUCCUAGUCCUUCUUCACUGAUUCCAGCCCUCCCCUACCCAU